ACGCACCCCGACGUUGUAAAAGUAACAAUAACUCAUGAAAUACCAUCUCUGUCUGACAAAUCAUACACAAUUGAAGGUAAACCGAAUGAGGGUGGCAUUUUCCCACUUAAGAUCGAAGCUAUCAACGAAACUAUGAAACUUCAAAUCAAGGUAGAAUAUUCUGGCGAAAUUAAAACCUUUGAUGUGCACAGUGAAGAUAAACUUGAAGAACAUGAGGCCCCCUACCUGUUUACUUCAACCCGUUCAGUUCCUAGUGACCAGUAAUUUUAAAAUACAACUGUUGAUUUACGGAGAGAUCGUCGCAACAAAAACGUUAAAAGUGAACCAGCGAUGGGUUGUUAUCGAAGAAACUGCAAAUUAUCGUAUGAUUCCGAGAACCGAUUUUGUUGUUUAUGCCGUUCAUAAUAAUACGUUGAUCAAAGCCAGAGAUAGCUUCCAUAUUCAACAUCUUCCCAAUUUCGUGAAUUUAACGCUAUCUAGAAUUGAAAUGGGACCUAGAGAAAAGCUGAAAAUAUCUGUAAAGUCACAUCCAGGAUCAAGGAUAGGUUUGCUAGCAAUGGAUAACAGCGUUGCUACGGAUAUACUAGCACCUCAAAACGAUAUAACUCGCGAUGCUGUUUUCGAAGAGCUCGCUGCCAGUUUAAGGAGUUUCAAUCAAGAAGAAUCAGGACUCACUAUGCUUACGAAUCUCCCAAUUCCUCCAAACCCAUUUCUAAUUGGUUUCACUCUACCCGGCGACCGCUAUUACGAUGAUUAUCAACGAACAACAGAAUGGUACACUCGUCAAAACUACGCCGAUUCAUGGUUGUGGAGUGAUAUGGCAUCCGUAGACUCGAAUGGCCUUACCUUCAGCAGUACAGUUCCCGAAUCCAUUACCGAUUGGCAAAUUAAUGCUUUCUCAAUCAGCUCGACACAUGGCUUUGGCCUACUCGAUGUACCAGUUUCGUUGAACGUUCUCAAGCGAUUCUUCGUAACUGUGAAUUUAGCGUAUUCCAUACUGAAGACAGAGAUCGCUGUGGUGGAAGUUCUUGUUUUCAACUAUUUAGACACCGAACAAGAAACAAAACUGACGCUGUCGAAUCAACGCAAGGAGUUCUAUUUUGUUGAUCAUCAAAAUCAGACAUCAGAUAAAUUGGAAGAAAUUGUUACAAUUACGAUUCCUGCGAACAAUGUUAAAGAAGUAAGAUUUAUGCUCAAGCCACGCAGUACAGGCGAGCUUGCGAUACUAGUGAAAGCGGAAACACCAACAGCUACCGAUACAGUUCGAAAAUCGCUGCGAGUAACUUCCGGUGGAUUGCAGUACUACCAUAACAUAGCACGCUUUAUUGAUGUAGAAUCUUCCUCGCAAAACUUCCGUCAGUUGCAGCUGAUAAUUCCCCGCAUUGCCACACGGGGGCCAGAAAAUAUUACAUUUUCAGUAGAGGGUAAUCUACUAGGGCCAGCUUUGACCAAUCUGGGCCAUUUGAUUCGUUUGCCGUCUGAUAGUGGGGAACAGAACAUGUUGAACUUGGUUUCUAGUUUGAUAGUUUUGGAUUAUUUGGGUAGCAGCGGAACACUGGACGAAACUACUAAGCAAAAAGCCAUCAAUUAUGUAGAAAAAGGCUAUCAGAGUCAGCUUAAAUACAAACUGAAUGAUGGGUCGUUCAGCGUUUUUGGGCAAAACGAUGGCUAUAUACCUUCGGAUCGUGACGAUGUUUCAACUAACAUGGUAAUAAUGGAGAUACUCUUUCCCAGUGGAUACGUUCUAGCAGAUGAAACCAGGACAAAUUUGAAAACUGUUGAGAAAGUACAAGAAUUUGAAGAAAUUCGAAAUGGCACCCUGCUCAUACUUUACUUAGCUCCAUUUUCGACAGAGGAAUCAGUCUGUGUUAACGUAACAGGUUUUCGAAAGGCAUUAGUACUCGGACAGAUUGUAGGCAGUACGAAAAUGUAUGAUUAUUAUGAUUCCACUCGCGAAGCAAUCAAAUAUUUCAACACAGGAAACGAUAAUAAUGAAAACGAAAUUUAACACUAGAAUAAACUCUUGAAUUUCAAUUUUCUUAAUCUACCUCCGUUUUUCACUAUGAACUGUAAUAAAUUGAAUUAAAAAACCUUGGCGUUCAAACAUUUAUUGAAUAAAUUACGCUUGUUA